AUGUGUUCGUCUUUUACUUUCCCUCGUCCGACUACUACAGCCGAUGAUCUCGAGAACCUUUACAAGGUGUAUGGGGUCGAUCGUUCCGUCGUCCUUGAUUUGGCCGGUACGCAUGAGAAUCCCAAAACCGUGAGAGAAGGCUACUACGGAGCUUAUCUUUCCUUCUUUCACUCAUGCGGUCUUAUCUUCCCGAUCCCGGAGCCAAUACUCGAGGUCUUGGCGGAGCUUGGGUUAUCUCUUACCCAGCUUCUCCCGAACUUUCUUAGGCAUCUCGUCGCCUUCUUGGUUAAGGCUAGGGAGGAGGGUCUCGCUUUUGGUCUUAGCAAGUUUCGUCAGUUCGUUCUGGUGAAGCGGAAUAACCAGAAUCCUGGUACUUUCCUCAUAUCUCCGCGUCCAGGUCGUCACGUUAUCGAGGAAAUUCCUUAUCGUGACGAGAAGUGGCGAGAAAAUUUUUUUGUUUUCAAGAUGGAUCAAGCAUCUAUGGGUGAUUUCGAUUUCUCCCAGCUUCCCAGGCGUUGGGCCGAGAAUAUUGUUCCUUCUGGAAGCUCUUUAAUGUCAGACGAGAUCCGUGGUCUGAUGAGGGUCCUUCGGAGGGGUCGUUCGAACUGGGCUCCUUUGGUUGAGGAGUCUGGAGACGAGGCCGAACAUUUCCAGGAGGUUGUAGUGACUCCUUCUGUUCAGACUCAGUCUUUAGAUCUUCUAACUAGACAGCUUGUGAGGAGGUCGUCGUUCCGGACUGCUGGGUCUACAUCGAGGAGCCGAGCUUCCGGAAAAUCUCCCUUGAUCUCGAUUCGUGAUUCCGACGACGAAGAUGUUUCAGGAGAGACUCGAACUCCUGUCUCAUUGAGUCCUGGCUCAGAAGAUGAGACUGCGGCGGCGACUCGCAAGCGACGUCGGUCAUCGGAGGGUGCCUUGCCCGGCUCGUCCCGUCCUAGGUUCAUUUACGAGGGAGAUGGUUCUUCGUUUGCGGCCCAAAGUGACCUGAUUUACCUCGCUGGUCGCAUGAGGUCCGCGGAUUGUCGUCUCCCAUCUCUCACUUCUUCGAUGGAGAGGGAAGCGUACGCCAAGGUUGCUGUGGCGAGCUCCAAGGCUUUUAACGAGUACGUCGUGACGAUGGAAGAUCAUGUCGUAGCUUCUCGGAACGACAAGGAGAUCGAGAGCAUCGGUUUUGAGAUCAAGAGGCUUUCGGAGGAGCUCGAGAACACUAAGCGAGAAGGGAAGAAGGAUGCCGAGAAGAUCGAAGCUUUGACUGAAGAUUGGAGGAGAGUCCAUCUGGAGAACGAGGCUCUCACGUCCCAGAUGGUUGCUCAAAGGGCGAGGAUUGUGGCGCUCGAAGUUGAGAGAGAUCGGGACGAUAGGUGGACGAGCAAGAAGAAGGAAGUGUCUGCUGAGAUCCGACUACAAGAAGUGACCGCCAACAUCGAUCUCCUGAACGAGCUUAAGGACGGGGGCCUGACUGUGGAUGUUGAGCUUGCGCGAUUAAAGGAAAUGGAAGGAGACUGCGAGGGUCUUGUCGCCCUACCCGCCGUGCCGGAUUGGUCGAUCUCCGAGCUCGAUCUUCCUCAAGUCUCAGAUGAUUCGACGAAUCAAGUCGGGGGGUCGUCUGUCCCUGAUGAUUCUGUUUCUAGUUAG